GAAAAAGAUACAAAGAUUCAUAUCUAGAAAGAAAUAUUAAUUGGAUGAUCAGAAGUAAUGAUCUGACACCACUUGAAUUUUUUCGUUUUAUUUUUCCAAAACAAUGUAAUAUGGCACUUGUAAAAUAUCAUGAAACACUUUAUGAAUCUCUAAACUAUGCUGAAGAUCAAGCAGUAAAGGAAAAACUUGAAAAAAUAAAAAAAAACCUCAGUAUAACAUGGACUGAAGAGAGAAAAGCUGUUAAGAUCCGUCAUUCAAUAAUUCAAACAAAUGCGAAUAUUCAAGGAAAAUUCAAUUCAUUAGUACAAAAGGAGGAUAUUAAAACACUUGAUUCUGAAUUUGAGAAAAGAAUUUCUGAUGAUGAGGGAGAAGAAUCUCAUGAUGAGGAGGAUGUGGAGGCAAAUCCAAUUAAAAAAAUUAAAUCAAUAGUAGCAGCAACAACACCCUCAUCAUCUCAAAUAGAAACAAGAACAAGAAUAACUGUUUUAGAAGAAGAUGCUGCUGAAAAGGGUGUUGAUAGAAUUGAUCAGAAUAAUGAAGAGAUAUGUACCUCUGACAUCAAUUAUUCAGCAGAUGAGUCGGAUUGGAUGCUAAGCACUGGAACUAAUGUUUCAGAAAAAUUAAGAACUUACUCCAGAAAAAUUCCAGCUAAAGAAGCAUUUCUUCA